CACUGAAAUUUGUAUGUAAAUAAAAUUUGUAAGCAUAUUUGUACUUAUUAAACAUGUUUUUGCUUGCAGUUCAAUCAGAUCAAACUCUAUAUGCCCCACCUGUUUUGUUGCAGCCACAGAGGGAGAUAAAAACCAGUAGGAACAAUGGAGGAAGCAAAACACACCCUUGCGCCUGCUUGAUGAGGGCCCAUGCGAAUUUUGCAAGAAGCCAAGUGGGCCCUGUAAGACGCGUAUUCCACUCUCCAUGGGAGGAGCUUGUUGCUGACCAUGGGAUCGUCCUGGGAGAUUGUAUAAUUUUCCAUUUUCCAAAGGAGGACAAUCACACGUUUGUGAUUCAGAUCACAAACAGGAAGCGGAAGAAUAAGACACGUAUUGACACAUCAGUGUCUGCUGAAGCUUUCAACCACGACAUUGAAUACAAGCUAGAAUGUGCUAUUCUCUCAAAUGGCGUGUCUCUUUGUGAUGAGGCGCGAGCCAAUUUGCACUCCAUGUUGUCGACAGUGGUGCUAGGGCAGGAGCUAUUUUUGUGCAUCGUUUAUCUGCAACCAACAUCAAGCAGUGCUUGGUCCUUGGAGCGGUUUGGUACUUGCUUUCCAUUCAACUCAAAGGUGCCUGCUAAUCAAACGGGCUGUAAUCCUGCAUAUUUAUACUGUGGAACAUUGUCGACGACACGGAUCGUGGAAAUGCUUUCUUACAGACUGUUUGCCUUCUUAAUGACCAAUCUUCCAGAUCCAAUCUUUGGAAUUUAUGUGCCGGCUCUGAAAAAUGUUUCGCAAUCAACAAAUCUCUUCGUGAAAUUAUUCUGCUGUGUUUGGUGGGGUCUGCGAAAUCUUAGGUAA